AUGGCAACCGACAGUGAGGAGGAGGAAAAGAAGAGGCGGGCAGAAUGGCAUACGGAGGCAAUGGGAAGACUCAAGACGGACUCCCGCAUGUCGUUCCCCUUCGGCAUACGACUCACUCUGGCGACGUCGAUAUCCUUCGCCGCAGGGCUGGUGUUGGGCAUAUCGCAUGGCAGCCAGAUGGCAGGCUACCGGUUCCGCGCUGAGAAUGCACAUCGCUUGCCGACGACGCCGACCGGGUGGUACCUCUACCACAAGAGUAAGAACUACAACAUGGCUCUGGCCGGGGUCAAGGAGGGAUUUUGGAUGGGAGGGAAAGUCAGCAUCUGGACGGCGGGCUUCUUUACGAUUGAGGAUAUGCUGGAUCGGUACCGCGGGACCAAGGACUUUUUCAAUACGGUGGUGGCCAGUCUGUCGGUUGCAGGUGGUUUUUCGUUAUGGAACCGCUUCCCUGUCACGACGGCGGCGAGAACGGCAAAGACGGGAUUGGCCAUCGGGGUGGUAUACGGGCUGGCACAAGAUGCCAUGGGAGCCGCGCGGGGGAGAUAUCCAGGAUACGCAUCGGUUCUGGGACUGGGACAAUGGACAAGGAAGACGAAGACUAAGAGUCAGGAGGCCGUUACGGCCACGGGCACAGGGACGGGCACGUGA